AUGGGUUUACAAAAUAAAACAUCACCCGAUGGGAAGAUUGCUCGUUACAAGACUCGGCUGGUGGCUCUUAGUAAUCAACAACAUGAAGGUCUUGACUACACAGACACAUGUGCUCCGGUUGCUAAACCUACUACUGUUUGGAUGCUUUUUGAGAUUACUGCUGCUAAGAAAUGGGAGAUACAUCAAACGGAUGUUCACAACGCUUUCCUGCAUGGCGAUUUACAUGAGGAAGUUUAUAUGAAGUUACCACCGGGUUUUGAGAUUUUUGAUCUUACUAAAGUAUGUCGUCUGAAGACGGUUCUUAAUAUUUUGGUCUAUGUAGAUGAUUUUAUUGUUUCUGGCAAUGAUCUUUCUACUAUGCAACGGUUUAAGAAUUAUCUUAGCCAGUGCUUUCAUAUGAAAAAUUUGGGGAAGCUCAAGUAUUUUCUUGGCAUUGAAGUUGUUCGGAACAAUGAAGCCAUUUUUAUUUCUCAGCGGAAGCAUGCUUUAGAUAUCAUAAUUGAAACUGGUCUUCUUGGCUUUAAGCUUGUCUCUACUCCUAUUGAGCUGAAUCAUAAGUUACUUCGUGAUAAUAGCCCCAUCAUUGAAAAUCCUGAAGCGUAUCGCCGGCUGGUUGGACGUCUUAUAUAUCUCACCUUCACUCGACCGGAGAUGUGUUACAUAGUCCAUAUCUUAUCACAGUUUCUGAAAACUCCUCGUCAAGCUCAUAGGGACACGAAGCUAGGUACUGUUCAUUAUCUCAAGGGCUCUUCCGGCCAAGGUAUUCUUCUUCGUGCCGACUCUGAUCUUCGACUCACUGCUUACUGUGAUGCCGAUUGGAAUGGUUGUUUUUAG